AUGGCAACUCCUAACAACCAUACCCUAAUUGAUGAUAAAAGCGGUCUCAUCCCAGCAUUCUCCGAGAUAAAAAGUCAAAAACUUAUCGCCGUCGAUUGUGAAGGAGUCAACUUAAGCAGGAAAGGUGAACUGACUGUUUUAACAAUUGCUACAAACACAAACGUUUUUAUCUUCGAUAUUUUCAAACUUAAACAGUCUGUAUUCGACAACGGCCUGCGUGAAAUUUUGGAGAAUAAAUCGAUUGAGAAGCUGAUGUUUGAUUGUAGACAGGAUUCUGACAGCUUGUGGCAUCAAUUCCGGGUACGAAUCACUGGUGUUCUCGAUCUGCAGCUGCUUGACAUAAUUUAUCGCAGAAAUCGAAGACCAAGACGAACAUAUGUGUCGACUAAAAGAAGUGAAAAAGAUGGAGAGAUAGAGAAUAUAAAUGGCUACAAACGCUGUCUCGAGAAUUACGUCUACGACCACAAACUGCUGGAACAGAAGGAGAAAGGAAAUAUACAACUUAAGGACAACUACAUGAUAUGGAAGGUGAGACCUCUCUCGGAAACCCUCAUCCAGUACUGUGUUGUUGACGUCAUCGCCAUGUUUCCGAUGUACAAGAAAUUGAAGGAGUCAGAUGAGGUUCUUCCACGGCUAUCUGUAGCCUCAGAGCGGUAUGCAGAUAUAUGGCGAGGUAUGGAAGAUAGAUCGUUUGACAGAUUUGAAUUUAAUGCAUUCCUUCCGUUAGACAUAAUCCCUGAGGAAGGUACAUUGAAUUUCCCGUUCGCAUCCACGAAGUGUUCAAAAUGUCACAGGAAGUUUCCUCACGACGAAUUCCGUAAGGUACAGAUGAGGAAUGGUUCACAGACCUGUCGUGUAUGUAGAAAGGUUCAACAACAAGCACAUCGUCGUUAG